CAGCAAACAGUUCUUCGUAUAACACCGGAACUGUGAUGUCCAGACAGGGAAAACCGUGCUAUCUGCUCCUGGUGUAUAUAUUUAUUUAUUUUGUUCCACAAAGUUCUCCGCAAUGUCUCGCUGGAUUCCAACCAAAAAGGAGAAAUAUGGAGUUGCUAUCUAUAACUAUGAUGCAAAGGGGGAGAAGGAGCUGUGCCUACAGGUGGGGGACUCUGUGCACAUACUUGAGAUGUUUGAAGGGUGGUACCGAGGAUACACUCUACGGCAGAAAUCACAAAAGGGCAUUUUCCCAGCCACCUAUAUCCACUUGAAAGAAGCUAAAGUUGAAGGGACAGGAAAAAAGGAGACAGUAAUACCUACGGAUUUGCCCCUGGUACAGGAACUGGGUGCUACCCUAAGAGAAUGGGCACAAUUAUGGCACAGUCUUUAUGUGAACAAUAAGACCACACUGUUCCGGAGUGUUCAGCAGAUGGCCUACAGUCUGAUUGAAUAUCGCUCACAGAUUGUGUCAGGAACACUUCCCAAGGAUGACCUCGUAGAGCUCAAGAAAAAAGUCACAGCAAAAAUUGAUUAUGGAAACAGGAUCCUGGGGCUGGACUUGGUGGUUCGUGAUGAGGCUGGGAACACAUUAGAGCCAGAAUGCACCAGUACAGUCAGUUUAUUCAGAGCCCAUGAGUCUGCUUCCCGCAGUAUUGAUGAGCGGAUACAGGAAGAGAAGACACGUCUCCAGAACCUUGCCAUGCGUCGACAGUCUCUCUUUAGUACAGCACACACCUAUAGCCUCCUUAUGAACCUCAAGAACUUUGUCUGCAACAUUGGUGAAGAUGCAGAGCUGCUUGUGUCCCUCUAUGACCCAGACCAGUCUGAGUUCAUCAGUGAAAAUUUCCUGGUACGGUGGGACAGUAAAGGCAUGCCUAAAGAGAUUGAAAAACUCAACAACCUGCCAGCACUUUUUACGGACCUUAGCAGCAGCGAUCUGAUCAGGCCCCAUCUGUUCCUGGUGUGUCAGAUCAUCCGAGUUGGCUGCAUGGAGCUAAAAGAAGGCAAGAAGCACACUGGUGGUCUGCGGAGGCCUUUUGGAGUAGCAGUGAUGGAUAUCACAGACAUUUCUCAUGGGAAAGUAGAUGAUGAAGAGAAGCAGCAUUUCAUCCCCUUUCAGCAGAUUGCCAUGGAAACGUACGUCCGCCAAAGGCAGUUGAUCAUGUCCCCUCUCAUCCCUUCUCGUGUUAUUGGAGAAAAUGAGCCUCUUACAGCUGUUUUUAACAAAGUCAUUGCUACACGAGAGGUCAACCACAAAGGACAGGGUCUAUUUGUGACCCUAAAGCUCCUCCCGGGAGAUCUGUCCCAGGUUCAGAAGGACUAUCCUCACUUUGUGGAUCGCGCAACAGCCAUAGUGAGGAAAAUGGGCUUCCCUGAAAUCAUCCUCCCAGGAAAUGUGAGAAAUGACAUCUACGUGACACUGCUACAGGGAGAGUUUGACCGUGGCAAGAAAAAGACACCUAAAAACGUAGAGGUUGUGAUGAGUGUACUUGAUGAUGAAGGGAAUCCAAUAGAGAAAGCCAUAUUCCCAGGGGCGGGCUAUGAGGGGAUCACUGAAUACAAGUCAGUCAUUUACUACCAGGUGAAGCAGCCAUGCUGGAAUGAGACAGUGAAGGUGGCCAUCCCCAUAGAGGAUGUGUGCCGCUGUCAUCUCAGCAUGACUUUCAGACACAGAUCCUCUCAAGAUUCUAGAGAUAAGUCUGAAAAGCCAUUUGGAAUGGCUUUUGUUCGCCUGAUGAAGUCAGAUGGUACCACUCUGCGAGAUGGAAAACAUGACCUAAUUGUCUACAAGGUGGAUGUGAAAAAAGCAGAAGAUGCCAAGACCUAUCUGACUCUGCCAGGCUGCUGGGCUGAGGUGGAGGAGUAUGAGAGACAGAGUGGAAAACCUUUCCAGAAUUUAAGUCUCAUCCCAGUCACUAGGGACAGCUUCCAGAUCAGCACACUCACCUGUUCCACAAAGCUCACACAGAAUGUGGAUCUUCUGGGACUUCUCAACUGGAGAUCAAAUCCUGACAAAUUAGAGGAGAAUCUUCAGAGACUGAUGGAGGUUGAUGGAGGAGAGAUUGUAAAGUUUCUUCAGGACACACUGGAUGCUCUCUUUAACAUCAUGAUGGAGACUUCUGAGAAGGAUACUUAUGAUUCCUUAGUGUUCAAUGCAUUGGUGUUUAUAAUCUCACUGAUUGGGGACAUAAAAUUUCAGCACUUCAACCCAGUUCUCGAGACUUACAUAAACAAGCACUUCAGUGCCACACUAGCUUACACGAAAUUGACCAAGGUGUUGAAUUAUUAUGUUAGUUACACGGAGGACCCAGCUCACAUAGAGAGGCUCUAUGCUGCCCUAAAAGCCUUCAAGUACCUUUUCCGUUUCAUUGUACAGUCUCGCAUCCUUUAUCUCAGAUUUUAUGGGAACAGUAAGGAAGGGGACGAGUUUUUCGACUCCAUUCGUACACUUUUCCUGUCCAUCAACACUCUGAUGGACAGGCCUCUGGAUGAAGCUGUGAAGAUAAAGGGAGCAAUUUUAAAAUACCUUCCAACCAUCAUCAAUGACAUCCAGCAUGUUUUUGAUCCAGUGGAGCUCAGUGUUCUGCUGGCUAAGUUUAUUGAGAGCAUUCCAGACUCUCAGCUGGUGAGACAAAAGCUGGGCUGUAUGAUGAAGAUUGUGGAGAGUGACCUUUUCAAAUUGCCAGACUGCCGUAAUGUGCUGUUGCCCCUGCUCACAGACCAGCUUAGUGGCCAGCUGGAUGAUCACUCCAAUAAGACUGACCAUGAGGCCUGUGUGCAACUUCUGAGUACUGUACUGGACAUGCUAGACCGCAAAGACAUGGGUCCCAUGGGGGGUCAUGUACAAUUAAUUAUGGAGCGUCUCUUGCGGAGGGUCAACCGCACAGUCAUCGGCAUGAGCAGAGACUCUCCUCUAAUUGGACAUUACCUGGCUUGCAUGAUUGCUGUCCUGAAUCAGAUGGAAGAUGCACACUAUGCCCACUACAUAAGCACCUUUAAAACCAGGCAGGACAUCAUUGACUUCCUUAUGGAGACAUUCAUCAUGUUUAGGGACAUGAUGGGAAAUGUAUUCCCCUCUGAUUGGAUGACCAUGAACCUCCUACAAAUGCAAGUGUUUCUGCGGGCCAUAAACCUGUACUCUGAUGUCCUCAACCAGUACUUCUUGGACCCUGCUUAUUUUCAUUUGCAGCUUUGGAACAAUUACUUUCACCUCACUGUUGCAUUCAUUACCCACAAAUCACUGCAACUGGAGACCUUCUCUCCUGAGAAACGCAAUAAAAUUCUCAACAAGUAUGGGGACAUGAGGAAGACCAUUGGCUUUAAGCUACGAGACACGUGGUACAAUCUUGGUCCUCAUAAGAUGAAGUUCAUCCCUGCCAUGGUGGGCCCGAUCUUGGAGGUCACACUAGUUCCAGAACCAGAUCUAAGGAAAGCCACCAUUCCCAUCUUCUUUGACAUGAUGCAGUGUGAACACCACUUCAGUCCCAACCACACCUUCCAAAUGUUUGAGCAUGAAUUAAUCACUAAGCUGGACCAAGAGGUUGAAGGAGGUCGUGGUGACAAGCAGUACAAAAUAUUACUAGAGAAAACGCUGUUGGAGCACUGCAGGCGUCAUCGAUACCUGUCUCAGUCUGGUGAAGAGCUGGCUGUGCUGUUAAGCUCUCUGCUGGAGAAUCUGCUGGCAUACCGCACUAUCACCCAUGAUGAGAGCCCUGAACUGCGUAUGAGCUGCACAGUCAAUGUGUUGAACUUUUACAAGGAGAAAAAAAGAGAAGACAUCUAUAUUCGGUACUUGUAUAAACUACGUGACCUGCACUUAGACUGUGAGAACUACACUGAAGCUGCUUUCACACUGCUGCUACAUGCUGAGCUGCUAGAGUGGUCAGAUAAGCCCUGUGCACCCCACCUGAUCCCACGUGAGGGGGCUCCUGCGUGUACCCAACAAGAGCUGAAAGAAAGGCUAUUCCAGGAGAUUAUAUGCUACCUAGACAAGGGCCAAAUGUGGGAAAAGGCCAUUGAGAUGAGCAAACAGCUUGCCAAGAUGCAUGAGAACCAGAUGUUUGAUUUUUUGGAGCUCAGUCAGCUCCUGAAACAACAAGCACAGUUUUAUGAGAACAUCAUGCAUGCUAUGAGACCUCAGCCUGAAUACUUUGCAGUGGGCUACUACGGCCAGGGCUUCCCAUCUUUUCUCAGGAACAAAGUGUUCAUCUACCGUGGUAAAGAGUAUGAAUGGCUGGAGGACUUCAGUCUGAAGUUGCUGUCUCAGUUCCCCAGUGCAGUCAGAAUGACCAGCACAGCGCCCCCUGGUGACACCAUCUGCAGCUCACCUGGCCAGCAUAUUCGGUGCUUUACUGUCAAGCCUGUCCUCAGUUUGCCUCUGCAGUUUAAGGAUAAAGGUGUUCCAGAACAGAUUCUAAAUUACUACAGAACAAAUCAGGUGGACCAAUUCCAAUACUCAAGACCAUUCAGGAAAGGUGAAAAAGAUCCAGACAACGAGUUUGCUACCAUGUGGAUUGAAAGGACCACAUUCAUCACACAAUACCACUUCCCAGGAAUCCUCAAGUGGUUUGAAGUGAAAUCUACAUCUGUGGAUGAGAUCAGCCCAUUAGAGAAUGCGAUAGAAACCAUGGAGCUGGCUAAUGAGAAGCUGAGUAAUCUUGUACAGCAUCAUGCAUGUGACCGCUCUCUUCCUGUCCAUCCUCUGUCCAUGAUGCUCAAUGGCAUUGUGGACCCAGCGGUCAUGGGUGGCUUUGCAAACUACGAAAAGGCGUUCUUCACUGAGGCUUACAUGCAGCAGCACCCAGACGAUAUAGAACGUAUUGAAGUCCUUAAGCACCUUAUUGCUCUACAGAUCCCACUGUUGGAUGAGGGCAUACGGAUCCAUGGGGAAAAAUCAACAGAACAGCUGAAGCCCCUUCACAACCAUCUGGUCACAUGCUUCCAGGAGCUGAGAGAGAAAGUUGAAAGACAGUAUGGAGUUAUCACUCUGCCAUGCUCCCUGACAAAGAAGAAAAAAAGUCGUGUGGGAUCAGUAGUGGUACCUUACAUAAUGUCCUCUACACUGAGACGCAUGUCAACCAUCUCCACACAGUCCAAUGCAACUUCAGGCCUCUCCAGUGGUUCUGGCUCUUCUGAGGGAAACCCUUCCAGACCUGCUUCCCAAAAUUCUCUCCUGUCCCAUUUAAGUGAUAGGAGAAUGUCAUAUUUGUCAUGCUCUGAGGAGGAUAACCGAAUCAGCAAAAAGAACAGGAAAGAAUGGAGCGUAAGCAAGUCUCAGGUCCUCUUGGAAAGGCUGGCUGACACAGAUGAGACCCCUCCAGAAAAGCAACAGAGGCCUAAAAGUCUCACCAUUGGGGAUCGGAGGCUUGCACUAUCGCUGUUUCAUGGAGAUUCAAGCAGUCUCAGCUUAAAGAACCCUCUUAGCCCUCUGCCAGCCUCUCCACACACACCUCGAAGCUCUAGUUAUUCAUCUCUCCUAAGUGACACUAGCGUCAACACUGCUGAGACCCCAAAUACACCUCCACCCAUGCCCCCUAAGAAGCACCUGAACGAGAGUGACUACACUACCAAUUCAUUUGAGUUUACACCUGUGUUGCCAAUGAAAGUGGACAGCAAGCCGCCCCCUCCCCCUCCCAAAACUCGCAAGUCCAUGUUCCCUGCUCAAGAAUACCAUCCACAAUGAAAAGACUUCCUUCAAGAGUGCGCAUGCUUGCAUGUGUGUGUAUACAAGAAUGGGACUCUAGCCUACUGUUAAUGGUUUUGAAUGAUAUUUACACUCCUGCUUACAAAUGCUAUGUGGGUAUUUUAUCUUAACUAAAUUUUUCUCAGUUGAGUCACAAUGAUGAUUAAUGGUGGCUUUGAGUUAAGAAUUCUUUUUCCUGGUUGUUAUUCCAGUUGUCCUGUGUCCUGUGUCAGUGUACUGAUCAGUUUAGCUGAUUCCACAUGUGGAUGUGAGGCACAGUAUCAGACCAAUAGUCCCGUUCUAUAACAGUUUAAACAGGGGAAAAAAGUAAAAGUAAAACAGUUAUGGGACAUUUUGUCUUAUAUUUUUAUUCCAUCAUCAGCAAAUAAAUAAAAGUGAUGCACUGAUAGUACUGCCAAAGAAAGGGCAUGAAUGUCAGAAGUAAUUACCAAGGGCUCCACGAAUUUUGAAUUACUUGUGAAUAGACUUUUAGAUUUAGCCUCAGUUUGUGACAUUCUACAAAAAAAAAAAUACCUCAUGAAAAAUUUUUCAAAUUAGUCAUUCAAUAAUGUAGAAUUAUUUCAACUCUACAGGAAAAAACAUGAAAACGUGAAAAGCAUGAAAACGGGACCAUUUUUGAAGCGACUUAUAUCUUAAUUAAAAGCAUUAUUUCAAAAACAACCCUUUUUGGAAUUGUGAAGCAGUUUAGGACAUCUAAGAAAUGAGUAGGUAUGAAUAGUUAGGUAACCAAGCCGCUAAAGCAGUGGUGCCCAAUCUUAUCCGCAGAGGGCCGAUGUGGCUGCAGGCUUUCACUCUACCAAAGCAGGAGGUCACCUGAUGAAAUGUUUGAAGACUAAGACUGAUUAAACAAGUAGAAUCAGGUGUGCUUUAGCUUUUUUGGAGUGAAAACCUGCAGGCACACUGGCCCUUUGCAGAUAAGAUUGGAUACCCCUGCGCUAAAGAGUCUUUUACUGUUGACACUGCUGUGUGUGCACAAUUGAGCAAAUGUAGACUAGAAUUAGAAUAGAAUAAGUGUCUGGAUACUUUUAGGCAUAUAUUAUACCAUUUAAGUGUUCUUACUGACAGCUCCAGUUUUUAAUCUUUGGGGUACUGAUGUGUUGAAAAUAUUGAUCAUUCAAGGUUCAAGUAUAUCACGCAAAAAUUUGAGGGCGGUAGCCUUUUAGAAGCAGUGUAAUAAAGGAGAGUGUAAUACAAUGUCAUGAGGGGAAAGUGUUUAUGGUUUAAAUGCUGUGAGCACAUAUUCUACCCAUUUAAAUCAUGAUUUAGUCAACAGUUGUACAGUUCACUCUGAAUCUGAAGCGUAAAAUGUAGUAUACAGUGAUAUUUGGGCAUUAAACACUAAAACAUUCUGACCCUUCUUACCACAGUCUGUUUAUCCUAUUAUUGAGCAAUGCACUGGAUAGAAUUAUACAUAUAGGAUAAAGAAUAAUACAUAAUACAUAUUCAUGUCAGCUCUGUGCUCCCUCUUACGGAUCUGCUUCUAUAAUUAUGUUAUACAAAACAUUCAAAAGGUUGGUACAUUUUGCUUUUUGUUAAGUUCCUGGACUUGUACUUUUGAGCAGUAGUGGCAUACUAAAACAACAAAAUUUAAUUAUGUGUAGACUACAUUAUCUUGAAAUGCAAAGAAAGGCUUUUAAACAAUUGUGUAAAUAGUUUUUCAUUGAGAGAUAAUUUAAACUGGUUGUAAAUUAUGUGGUCUGAUUAAGUUGUGAUAUUACUUUUCUUAAAAAUGAAACUGUACUACAAACCAAACAAAAUUAAAGAUCUUGAUUUAUUACUUGA